ACGUGAACCGGAAGUGAGGGUAUGCGUGUAAAAUUGCGCAGUAUAUCUCCACAUCACUCGAAAAAGAUCUUUUGGAGCUCUCUUAAAAUACAUAUACAUAUAAAUAAGUGGCUACGAGCUAGCUGUGGUUCUUUUGCGUGCGUGUAUGCGACGUGUGGUGUGUGGAUGGGUCCUUUUUUUUUUCAUUUUUGAAUAAGCACGAUGGAGAUUCAACACGAAAUAGUAACUAAAGCCGAGGAGGUUGCCGACCAGGUAAUUCGUAAUGGUAAACAUGUGCUACCAACACUUGCACGGCUGUGUCUUAUUGCCACGUUCCUCGAGGAUGGCUUGCGAAUGUGGUUUCAAUGGAAUGAACAGAGAGAAUACAUGGACAUGACAUGGGGAUGUGGUAAAUUCUUGGCGACUUUAUUCGUCCUUGUAAAUCUUAUAGGACAAUUAGGUGGCUGUGUUAUGGUAAUUGGAAGAUUCAAGGUCACCAUUGCUUGUGGAAUACUAUUUUUUAUAGUCGUACUCCAGACUCUGGCUUACAAUAUUCUGUGGGAUGUUCAGUUUUUAUUCCGUAAUUUGGCACUUAUUGGUGCGUUGUUGCUGGUGCUCGCUGAAUCACGUGUUGAAGGAAGAUCGCUGUUUGCUGGUGUGCCCACACUUGGUGACAACAAACCCAAAAAUUACUUGCAAUUAGCUGGGCGUAUACUUUUAGCAUUUAUGUUCAUUACGUUAAUACGAUUUGAAAUAUCAUUUUUGCAAAUAACGCAGGAUAUUAUUGGAGGAAUUUUGAUGGUAUUUGUUACUGUUGGUUAUAAAACAAAGCUUAGUGCCUUGUUGCUUGUUGUGAUGCUCACGGCGUUAAAUAUGUACCACAAUGCUUGGUGGACUAUUCCAGACCACAGGCCACUUAGGGACUUCCUUAAAUACGAUUUCUUCCAGACUUUAUCAGUUGUUGGAGGACUUUUAAUGAUUGUGUCACUGGGUCCAGGUGGUGUGUCUAUGGACGAACACAAAAAGCAAUGGUAGAAGUCUUAUUAAUUAGACUUUAAAUAUUAAUCAUAAAAAAUAAAAACUCAUCCUUGGACCUCGAGCAUGUGUUAUUGUCCACUAUUUUAAAUUUGACACACGAAUCCUUAAUGGAAUAUAAAUUAAUUUUAUACUGUACACUAAAUUUAAAUUGUCAUAUUAUAUUAUCGUGGAUUUAAUUCAUCGGCCGGGAUUUAAAUAAUAUAUUAAUUAUAAAGUAAUAAAUUUUAAGUAAAAUUCAUGAAAUAUGUAAAGUUAAAAAAAGAAAUUUAAUUAUUGCUGGAAAAUUUGUAAGUUUUUAGAUAUGGAUGUUGGGUCAUGAGAGAACAUAAUUAAAUGCAACUUAAGACUUAUUUAUACUACAUAUUAAUAAGAAUGGUAUUGUAAAUAUUACAGUGAGCAAUUAUCAUUGUAUUUGAAAAUACAGACUUUUUUGGUUUAAAUUUUA